AUGCCACCCCUCCCAAUCCACCGCCGUCAGGAAUCAAACACAACAUACCGCCCCUCAAUCGCCCCAGGAAGCAGUGUCUAUAACACAACAUCAACCCACACUUUCAACCAACCCUCCUACACCCCAACCCCCUCCCACCAAGCCUCAACCCCCUCCAUGUCCGCCGCCAAAACCCGCCAAUAUGCCCACCUCCACGCCCAGCUCGCCCAGCUGAACGCGAACCUCGCAGACACAGAGAACCUGCUCCGCAUGACGGCCGUGCAGGCGGGCGAUAUGCGCUUUUUGGGUGGCUAUGUCGGGGCUCUAUUUAUGGGAUCUGCGAAGAUUCUGGGCGAGGAAGGUGUCAAGGGGAAUGCCGACAAGAAGGAAAACCAGGACGAAGAGGCCAAGGAUGAGAGUGAGGAAGAUUGA